GUGUAGUUCUGUGGGAUUAAAAAGUAGGUAUUAGAUAUGAGCUGAAGACCAUUCACGGUGUAUAUGGCCAUUUUAGUAGGCACAGAUCAGGAUUUUUACAGUUUACUUGGAGUAUCUAAAACUGCAAGCAGCAGAGAAAUAAGACAAGCUUUCAAGAAAUUGGCAUUGAAGUUACAUCCUGAUAAAAACCCGAAUAACCCAAAUGCACAUGGUGACUUUUUAAAAAUAAAUAGAGCAUAUGAGGUACUCAAAGAUGAAGAUCUACGGAAAAAGUAUGAUAAAUAUGGAGAAAAGGGACUUGAGGAUAAUCAAGGAGGCCAGUAUGAGAGUUGGAACUAUUAUCGUUAUGAUUUUGGCAUUUAUGAUGAUGAUCCUGAAAUCAUAACAUUGGAAAGAAGAGAGUUUGAUGCUGCUGUUAAUUCUGGAGAACUGUGGUUUGUAAAUUUCUACUCUCCAGGAUGUUCACACUGCCAUGAUUUGGCUCCCACAUGGAGAGACUUUGCUAAAGAAGUGGAUGGAUUACUUCGAAUUGGAGCUGUUAACUGUGGUGAUGAUAGAAUGCUUUGCCGAAUGAAAGGAGUCAACAGCUAUCCCAGCCUUUUCAUGUUUAGGUCUGGAAUGGCUGCAGUGAAAUAUCAUGGAGACAGAUCAAAGGAGAGCUUAGUGAGUUUCGCAAUGCAGCAUGUUAGAAGUACAGUGACAGAACUAUGGACAGGAAAUUUUGUUAACUCCAUACAAACUGCUUUUGCUGCUGGUAUUGGUUGGCUGAUCAGUUUUUGUUCCAAAGAAGGAGAUUGUUUAACGUCACAGACACGGCUCAGGCUUAGUGGCAUGUUGGAUGGUCUUGUUAAUGUAGGAUGGAUGGACUGUGCCACUCAGGAAAACCUCUGUAAAAGUUUGGAUAUUACAACAAGUACUACUGCUUAUUUUCCUCCUGGAGCCACUUUAAAUAACAAAGAGAAAAGUGAUAUUUUGUUUCUUCAUUCAUUGGAUGCUAAAGAAAUAUAUUUGGAAAUAAUACAUAAUCUUCCAGAUUUUGAACUUCUUUCAGCAAACACACUAGAGGAUCGCUUGGCUCAUCAUCGGUGGCUUUUAUUUUUUCAUUUUGGAAAACAUGCAAAUUCAAAUGAUCCUGAGUUGAAGAAACUAAAAACUCUACUUAAAAAUGAUCAUAUUCAAGUUGGCAGGUUUGACUGCUCCUCUGCACCAGACAUCUGUAGUAAUCUCUAUGUUUUUCAGCCGUCUCUAGCAGUAUUUAAAGGACAAGGAACCAAAGAAUAUGAAAUUCACCAUGGAAAGAAGAUUCUGUAUGAUAUACUUGCCUUUGCCAAAGAAAGUGUUAAUUCUCAUGUUACUACACUUGGACCUCAAAAUUUUCCUGCCAAUAACAAAGAACCAUGGCUUGUUGAUUUUUUUGCCCCUUGGUGUCCACCAUGUCGCGCUUUACUACCAGAGUUACGAAGAGCAUCAAAUCUUCUGUAUGGUCAGCUGAAGUUUGGUACACUAGAUUGUACAGUUCAUGAGGGUCUCUGUAACAUGUAUAACAUUCAGGCUUAUCCUACAACAGUGGUAUUCAACCAGUCCAAUAUUCAUGAAUACGAAGGACAUCACUCUGCUGAGCAGAUCUUGGAGUUCAUAGAGGAUCUUAUGAAUCCUUCAGUGGUCUCCCUUACACCUACCACUUUCAACGAGCUAGUUACUCAAAGAAAACACAAUGAAAUCUGGAUGGUUGAUUUCUAUUCUCCAUGGUGUCAUCCAUGUCAAGUCUUAAUGCCAGAAUGGAAAAGAAUGGCCCGGACAUUAACUGGACUGAUCAAUGUGGGCAGUGUAGAUUGCCAGCAGUAUCAUUCUUUUUGUGCCCAAGAAAAUGUUCGGAGAUAUCCUGAGAUAAGAUUUUACCCCCAAAAAUCAAAUAAAGCUUAUCAGUAUCAUAGUUACAAUGGUUGGAAUAGGGAUGCUUAUUCCCUAAGAAUCUGGGCUCUAGGAUUUUUACCUCAAGUGUCCAUAGAUCUAACACCUCAGACUUUCGAUGAAAAGAUAUUACAAGGGAAAAAUCACUGGGUGGUUGACUUCUAUGCUCCUUGGUGCGGACCUUGCCAGAAUUUUGCUCCAGAGUUUGAGCUCUUGGCUAGGAUGAUGAAAGGAAAAGUGAAAGCUGGAAAAGUAGACUGUCAGGCGUAUGCUCAGACAUGCCAGAAAGCUGGAAUCAGAGCCUAUCCAACUGUUAAGUUUUAUUACUACGAGAGGACAAGAAAAAAUGUUUGGGAAGAGCAAAUAAAUGCCAGAGAUGCAAAAGCAAUUGCUGUUUUAAUAAAUGAAAAAUUGGAAACUUUCCAAAAUCAAGGCAAGAGAAAUAAGGAUGAACUUUGAUGAUGUUGAUGAUGAAAAAAUUGAAAAGAAGUGCUGACAAGUGUCACCAGAAGACACCUUUGUAGAACGUUCCUACAUUUGUGGUGGGAAUAAGUGAACAUUAUCUUGAACUUGCAGUUGUGCUGCCAGAAUUCUGUACAACGUUGGUGUAAAAGAGGGGUCUGCAAACUUCCUGCUAAGGGCCAGAUCAUAAAUAUUUUAGGCUCUACAGACCAGAUGUGAUUCAUGCAUAUGAGAACAAGAAUAUGAUUGUCACAUAUUCUUUUCUGUUUUGUGUGUAUGUGUGUGUUUUUCUUAACCCUUUAAAAAACAUAAAAACCAUUCUAGCUCAGGGCCAUACAAAAAUAGGCCACAGGCCAAGUUCAGUCUGUGGGCUGGCCUCUAGAAAUGUUUGGGGUGGCUGACUACAGUGAGCCUGCUCUGCUAUCAUCUACAUAAAUGCCUAAGAUGAUAAAAUGCACUUGUCACUUAAAGUCUUGUGACUGGCCUAAAAAGAUAACUUGGUUUUCAGUCACCUAUUCUCCUAAAUUUGCUUUCUCUGACCAUAUUUCAUUUUAAAAACCAUCAUGAUGUGGCAAAAUAAACAUGCUAUUAUCAUGCUACAUUAUAAUUAAGAGAUUCUUCAUUUUGUUUUCUUUCCUUUUUAAAGGUUGAAGAAAUACUUUUAAUUUUUCACAACUAAUAAAUUUUUCUGUAACAGUUGAAUGCACAAAUUCUAUAGGUUACUGUUUCAUCUGGAAAAACAUGAGGGAGAAAAAUUAUAGCAGUUAACUGGACUUUGUCGAAUAUCUCAAAUAUAUCAAAUAUUUAGAGUUUUAUAUUUUACACAUAUAUGUUCCCUUAUUUUCUCAAAUUACUUUCAUAAAAAUUUUCCCAUGGAUAAUUGAAUUUGGUUUUUUUCUGUAUUACCAUGGCAGAUAGUUGACUUUUGAGGCAUCUUUCUAAUUUUUAUAUAUUUCCCUUCUGGGCUUUGUUUUUACCUGUAUCUUAUUUACAUUUUUAUAAUAGUUCUGGUUUUUCACUUAUGUUUAUAUUUAUUAUUCAAAUAGGAAAAAUAAUUUCACAGGUUUUUUUCACUGUAGCUCGUAAUGAUACUGUGAUUUUUCCAGUUAUUGGUUUACUGUCAGAGGGCUGCCUUUUUCAGAUCAAUAUUGGCAUAAUAACUGAAGUUAUUUUUAUAAGAAAAUCAAGUAUAUAAAUCUAGCAAUGGAAUCUUUUUAGUUUCUGAGUUGUUCAGACUCCAUCACAAAUUUUUUUUCUUGCAUCUUAACAAAAUUGUGAGUAACAUGUUGCUUAGUUACAAUUCAGAAUGUAUGGAAUGCUAAAAAUCUGAACUGAUCAAAAGAGGUUAACGAAUUAAAAAAAGCUUUCAGUUUUUCCAAAAACCUA